GAGCCAGCGCUGAGUGGAGCCUGUCUGCCAACAGCUUCAGCAGCGGCUCUAUCUGGAUCCUACUACACUCACUGACAAUUAAAGGAGGCCCCUUUUUCUUCUUAUUUCCGAGGACUAUUCUUCACCAUGGGCGACAAAAAGAGCCCUACCAGGCCAAAAAGACAAGCCAAACAGACCGCUGACGACGGCUACUGGGACUGUAGCGUCUGCACCUUCAGGAACACCGCCGAGGCUUUCAAAUGCAGCAUCUGCGAUGUGAGGAAGGGCACAUCCACAAGGAAACCCAGGAUCAACUCCCAGCUGGUUGCCCAGCAGGUGGCUCAGCAGUACCCCAUGCCUCCCCCACCCAAGAAGGAGAGGAGGGAGAGGAGCGAGCGUACAGACAAGGAGCGCCCGGAUGGAGAAGGAGAGCGUGCCAACGGUGAGGGACGCCCAGAGGGCGAGCGCCCCGAGAGAGUGAGGCCAGACGGAGACACCCCCGAGAAGGACAAGAGUGACAAGGAACAGCCAAUCAAAGACAAACCCGACAGAGAGAAGGACAUCAGCCCAGCUGUCACGAAGAAGCCCAGCAGCAAAAAGACCAGACCCAAAUCAGACAACCAUCAGAGCCCACCCAGUGACAAACACAGCAUACAGUCAGGCAAAUCAGCAACCAAGACCAACAAGAACUCUCACAUUUCCAGACCUAAACUGAAGAACAUUGACCGGAGCACCGCCCAGCAGUUGGCCAUCACCGUAGGGAACGUGACGGUUAUUAUAACAGACUUUAAGGAGAAGACCCGCUCCUCCUCCACGUCCUCGUCCACCAUCACGUCCAGCGCGGGUUCCGAACAGCAGCACCAGAGCUCCGGCUCAGAGAGCAUGGACAAGGGCUCAUCGCGCGCCUCCACACCUAAAGGGGAUCUUUCUGUGGGGCACGACGAGUCAUUCUGAGGUCUCGCCCCUUUAACCCCCGCCCCCCCUCAUUCCCAGCCCGCCCGUCCUCACCCUGCUCCAUGCCCCCUUCCCCCCCCAUGUUUCUGGACACUAUGGAUCCUAUAGGGGGGAGAGAUUUCACCUUUCUCAUCGCUGCCCUGCCUCCAUUCCACAACUGCCCCUGGAUGCCAAGAGGAGCUGGCUGGCUGAGAGGAACAGUGCGGUGCGCCUGUCGGGGGAAACAACUGCCCUGCUUGGAGAACUUCCCUCGUGGUUACACCUGUGGCACAGGCGAGGAGAGCUGGGCUACAAAGAAUAACACAUCCCCUCCAUCCUAAACCCCCCUGCGGUAGCAUCCAGACACUUGUAUGUAUUGUUUUAUAUUUGUACGUGGAUGUGAGGCCAAGUCAACAUUUUUUUUGUUUUGUUUUUGUAAAGAAGAAUUCUUCGCUGGGCACAAUAACCACCAUCAUUUUAAUAACUUUAAACUAUUAUUACCCUUAUUUAUUACCUGUUGCACCUGUAUACUUUGAUAUUCUCCUUUUUAUGUUGAAGCUUUGCUGUGUAGCUCUGCCUAUCGAUCGUUCCUUCAGUGUUUUUAUUACAGUUUGAAAAUGAUAGGACAAGACUCGAGUCACAGACAGACACACCACAUACACACACAAAACACACACAGACACAGACACACACACACACACACACUGGUGCUAGAUACACUGUGAAGCGGUUUUGCAGAUCUGGGAUUGCCCAUUCACUCAAUGUGACAAAGUGCUGAUGAAUCAAAUUCUCAUUCACUUUUUCUCAACAACACUGUCUCACUCUGAACACUGUCUGGACCCCCAUUAGGUCCAUCUGCUUGUUCUGUACAGGUCAAUGUGCAUCAGAAGAAGAUCACCUGAAGUUCAGACACCUGACUUUUUCAACUAGAUUGUCUAUGAUUUAGUAUGCUAUAGCAGAUCUCUUAUACAGUAUCUUAUGUCCUUAACUGUACAGUGUAGGCUGUUGUGUAAAACACUAAAAGCUGUUGAUAUUUUCUGCAUUCCAUACCUAAAUAUUGAGUUUUCUGGCUGAAGGUAGAGCUGUCCUCUCAUCUCUUGAGCCAGAGCUUUUUUCUGUUGUGACUGAAGGAUGGUUACAUGCAGUUCCACUUGGUAAGACCACGUUGAACUGUAAAAAUAGACCUGUCGUGUCAAGCUGUUGUGAAUUGAUUUAAUUUCCUCUUUUGUUGUGGUCCUGAAGACGAUUCUGAAUCUUCAUUCUCUCAACCCAAUAUCCCAGAAAACAAGUGCGAACAAUGAUUGACAAUUCAAUUGACUUGUUUUUAUUUUUUAUUAAUUAAUUUAAGACUCCUGUCAUUGAAGGCAAAAAAAUAUUGCAGUAGUUAAUAGAACACAAUUGCUCUUUCAAUUUUUAGAACAGCAAGGCUUAUUUAAGGGUUUUAAUUCACUUUCACCUUAGCUGAUACUAGACCAACAUAAUUUCCUUUUAACUGUAUGAAAUUGUAUAAAGAAUAAAUGUGUAUAUGAUAUCUUAGUUUUAUUUAUUGAAGGACCAAAGGAAUUUCAUAAUGACAUGAUACAUAGACAGAUGAAUAACAAUUUGAAAUGCAAUUAUCUAAUGUGUGAGAUGAAUAACAGUUUAAAUAAAGACUAAUAUAAUCCA